AUGAGUUUCAACAUUGAGGUUUCCAGAUCAUGGGCAUGUUUUGGUUUUGAGGAUUUUGGUAUUCUGGAUACGCUGAAUUCAGAUUUCAUUUUUUCCUUUUUUUGCUCUGUUUCCAAACAGAGGAAAUCGAAAGAAAGUGAAGAGAAGAAAUCGAAAGCCGGUAAGAAGAAUGAGAAAACAUCCACUGAAGAUCCUCCCAAAAGCUACAUUCAUGUGAGAGCAAGAAGAGGUCAAGCAACAGACAGCCACAGCCUUGCAGAAAGGGUAAGAAGAGAGAAAAUCAGUGAGAGAAUGAAGCUCGUGCAAGGCCUUGUUCCUGGUGGUGACAACGUUGUACUGUGGAUGCUUGCUAUGAGGAAAGAAGAGUCGAGCAAAACUUGAUACACAUGGGAUAUUUCUAUAUAUAUACAUGUGCAAGUGUAUGUGUGUGUGUGUCUAGGUUCCAGAGGGUCUUAAAGUUUUUUUUU